GCCCAACUCUCCCUAUAAAGUCAUGCAAUGCCCAUCCCCUGUAAAUCAGAGGAGGGCACAACCUGUAAGCACUCCUUGCGAUCUAUGAGGUGCUGCGUACAGAAUGCUCUGAUCAGCUGGCUGUAAGGAGCAAUUGUUCAGACCCUGAGAGAAAGGGACAUAGCAGCCCUGUCCCUUCUCCCCCUCCUCCAAAUCCCUGGAGUAGCAAUUAAAGUGCCCUGCUUCAGCAUCUCUCAGGCGGAACAAGGAAUAUCCAUUGUCUGUAACAGGUUCGGGCUGAGCCUUUCCCCCCAUCUGCCAGUGCUGUGGAUUAAAGUCGGGCUGUGUGUGCCUUGCUGCACUUAUUGGGUUAAACGAACGUUCCUCCUCUCUUGUAUCUGCCUGCUCAGGAAUCAUGCAAGCUUUGGGGAAUCCAAGUUGCUGGCUCAUCUGCUGGCUGCUCCCUGUCUUGUGUUAGGAAAGGAGCCUCUUUCAUUGAGCUUUCCCAAAGCAGAAGGAGAGACUAUGGACUGAGAGUACCCUCGCCAAUAUGGAGUUAAUUGUGCCCAUCCUCUGUCUUAUUGCUUCCAUUAAACCAGUUGCAGGCUUUGGUGUGGAUCCUUCCCUGCAGAUUGACAUCCUAGAGGAGUUCCAGCUUGGGGAUGCCACCCCUGGAGUGCAGCAGGUUCAAGGACUUCACAACAGCAGCAGAGCCUUCCUUUUCCAAGAUACGUCAAGGAAUUUAAAAGCAUCAACAUCAACAUCAGAAUUUUUUUUUCAGAAACUGAGAAAUAAGCAUGAAUUUACUAUACUGUUGACUGUAAAACAGGCAGUUUUAAAUUCAGGUGUUAUUCUUUCGAUUCAUCAGUCAGACCACAGGUAUCUCGAGUUGGAGAGCAGUGGUCAUCGAAAUGAAGUCAGAUUGCACUAUCGCUCAGGGAGUCAUCGAUCUCAGACAGAAGUAUUUCCUUAUAUUCUGGCAGAUGAUAAAUGGCAUAGAUUUUCCUUGGCAAUCAGUGCAUCCCAUCUUGUUCUCCAUGUGGAUUGCAACAAGAUUUAUGAAAGAAUUAUUGAAAAGCCAUACAUGGAUAUUCCAUCUGGUACAACGUUGUGGGUUGGACAAAGAAAUAAUGCCCAUGGUUAUUUUAAGGGGAUCAUGCAGGAUCUGCAGAUUGUUAUCAUGCCGCAAGGAUUUAUCUCCCAGUGCCCUGAUCUCAAUCGUACCUGCCCAACAUGUAAUGACUUCCAUGGCCUGGUGCAAAAAAUUAUGGAACUGCAGGAUAUUUUAGCAAAAACAUCCUCAAAGCUGUCAAGAGCUGAGCAGAGGAUGAAUAGGUUAGAUCAAUGCUACUGUGAGAGGUCUUGCACAGUAAAGGGCAACAUCUACAGAGAGCUGGAGUCCUGGACAGACGGCUGUAAGAAAUGUACAUGCAUGAAUGGAACUGCCCAGUGUGAAAAUAUAAUCUGCACAGAACCAACUUGUCCAGCUAAUACUGCACCUGCUUUUGUUCCUGACAAAUGCUGUAAGGAGUGUCAACCUGCGUGUGUAUACCAAGGCCAGCUGUAUUUUGAAGGUGAAAGGCAAACUGCCUAUUCUACUUCUGGAGUGUGUAUACUCUUUGAAUGCAGGGACAGCAAAAUGCUAAGAAUAGAAAACCCAGAAUGUUUACCCUUGAACUGUCCACAAUCGCAACAAAUAGUACUGAAAUACAGCUGCUGUUCAGUCUGCAAAGGUUAUGAUUUCUGCUCAGACGGACAUAAUUGUGUGGAAUAUUCAGUCUGCAAAAACCUGGUUGACAAAGGGGUCUGCAUCUGUCGUGAUGGUUUCCGGUCUCUUAGAGAAGACAAUGCCUACUGUGAAGAUAUUGAUGAAUGUGCCGAAGGACGUCACUACUGUCGAGAAAACACUGUGUGUGUUAAUACUCCAGGAUCUUUUAUGUGCAUUUGCCAAACUGGGUACAUCAAAAUUGAUGACUAUUCCUGCACAGAACAUAAUGAGUGUGUAACAAACCAGCAUAAUUGUGAUGAAAAUGCAUUGUGCUUUAACACUGUGGGCGGCCAUAACUGUGUUUGUCAGCCCGGAUACACAGGAAACGGCACCAUAUGCAAAGCUUUUUGCAAAGAUGGCUGUAGGAAUGGAGGCUCUUGCAUUUCUCCUAAUAUGUGUGCUUGUCCACAAGGUUUCACUGGACCUAGCUGUGAGACAGACAUUGAUGAAUGCGCUGAAGGAUUUGUUCAGUGUGACAGCCGUGCUAACUGCAUUAACCUACCAGGCUGGUACCAUUGUGAAUGCAGAGAUGGCUACCAUGACAAUGGGAUGUUCUCCUUGGGUGGAGAGUCAUGUGAAGAUAUUGAUGAAUGUUUAACAGGAAGACAUGGCUGUAAUAAUGAUACGGUUUGCUUCAAUUUGGAUGGUGGGUAUGACUGCCGCUGUCCACACGGAAAAAAUUGUUCUGGCGAUUGUAUACAUGAAGGCAAAAUUAAGCACAAUGGGCAAAUCUGGGUAUUGGAUAACGAUCGGUGUUCAGUUUGUUCAUGCCAGGCUGGAUUGGUAAUGUGUCGUCGCAUGGUUUGUGACUGCGAAAACCCAACGGUUGACUUGUUUUGCUGUCCUGAAUGUGAUCCACGGCUCAGCAGUCAAUGCCUGCAUCAAAAUGGAGAUAUUACCUAUAAAAGUGGAGAAACCUGGGUACAAAACUGUCAGCAGUGCAGAUGUUUGCAAGGUGAAGUUGAUUGCUGGCCUCUUCCUUGCCCAGAAGUUGACUGUGAAUUUAGUGUGGUUCCUGAAAGUGAAUGCUGUGCACGAUGCAUUAACGACCCGUGUCAAGCUGACAUAAUACGCAAUGACAUCACAAAGACAUGUGUAGAUGAAACCAAUGUGGUUCGUUUUACAGGAUCUUCUUGGAUUAAGCAUGGCACAGAAUGCACACUUUGUCAGUGCAAGAAUGGCCACAUCUGUUGCUCAGUGGACCCACAGUGCCUUCAGGAGCUGUGAUGACAGCCAGCUACUCCUAUAGAAGGUUCAAGGAUAAAGAAUGUUUCUUUCUCACAUAAAAAGACCUUACACCAAAAAUUGUAAUGCUAAAGUGUUGAAACGUGCAAACAAUCUCCCUGCUGUUCAAAUAUGAAAGGAAAACUUAACAUCUUAGCUAUGGGAGAAUCUACUAAAAGGAUUUUUUUUUACUAAACUUGAGGCCAAAUAUAUGUCGGCUGCCGCUGACAUUUUUUUUGUGCAGAAUGCCUACAUGGAAUUCACUACAUAAUCAUAUUUUUCAAAGGGAUUUGGUGAUGUGCUAUUCUGCUUCACAGAUGGAACUGUUCAUGUUUAAGGAUAAAACUAAGUACUUUUAAAGUCAGCUUUAUGCCAGCUGUUGCUUGAAAAUAAUGGAAUAUCGUAAAAACAAUGGCAUAUACACCCACAGUAAAAUUGCUUGCCUUGAUCACUGCUAGGUUCACCAAGUCCUGGAACAUGAACUAAAGAAUCUUGGUGGGGGUUGAAGUGUUUGUAAAGAUAAGUUCAUAUUGUACCACUUGACAUCACCUGCACAUAUUUUUCUCACCGAUCUGAAAUAUUUUAAUAUAUAUUGUAGGGAGUGAUUUUGCAAAUAAAUUGAAGAUGUGUUAUGGACACCUCCUAUUCUUUGGUACGCUUUCUGUAUCAGCAUGGAAAAAAUGUGUUUUUGAGGGAACAGCUAUCAUUGCGGUUUGAUUUCUUGCACUUUUUGACUUUUUUUCUUGACUGGAUACGUUUAGUAUAAUUGUGCUCUCAUGUGGAUUUAAAUAAAUGUUUCUCUUACAUACAA